AUGUCCAACCAAAGUACUGUGAAAGAGUUUCUUCUUCAUGGAUUCUCUGACACACGAGAACUGCAGAUAUUCCACUUCAUAGUAUUUCUGGUAAUUUAUGUGGCUGCCCUGGUGGGAAACUUACUUGUCAUCGUGGUCAUAGUUGUCACAAAUCACCUUCACAGUCCCAUGUACUUCUUUUUGGUAAAUUUGUCCAUCUUAGAUCUUUCAGCCAUCUCCGUCAUUCUCCCCAAAUCCAUGGCCAAUUUUCUGUUGAAUACCACAUCUAUUUCCUAUUCUGGUUGUGUUGCCCAGGUCUUCCUCUUCCAUGUCUUUGGUGCUGCUGAUCUGGCUUUACUCACUGUUAUGGCAUAUGACUGUUACGUUGCAAUCUGCAAACCUCUUUAAUACAGGACAGUCAUGAAAGGGACUGCUUGCAUUCAAAUGGCAGCCAGUGCAUGGCUCAGUUGUGUUCCUUACUCUGCUCUCCACACUGGGAACAUCUUCCAUUUAUCCUUCUGCAAGUCCAACAUCAUUAACCAAUUCUUCUGUGAAGUCCCUCAGCUUCUCAAGCUCUCCUGCUCUGAUUCAUCCUUUAGUGAAGCUGGCAUUCUUACAUUUAGUUUCAGUUUAGUCUUAAUCUGUUUUACUUUUAUAAGCAUGUCCUACAUUCAGAUUUUCACUGUGAUCUCAAGAAUUCCUGCCAAAGAGAAACAGCAUAAAGCUUUUUCUACUUGCAUCCCUCAUCUGGUAGUGGUCUCUUUAUAUGUAAGCACUCAUUCUUUUGCUUAUCUUAAACCUGUCUCCAGUUCCCCAUCAGCUCUAGAUCUCACAGUAUCUGUUCUCUAUUCUGUGAUGCCACCAGUGAUAAAUCCAGUCAUUUAUACCAUAAGGAACAAUGAAAUCAAAGCUGCCAUGAGAAAAUUAACUGACCAGAGAUUAUUAUAUAGAAAUAAAUAA